UCUCUGCAAUCAUAACACACACACAUUGGUCAUUACUACAAGAGAUGGACAUUGGUCCUGUUUCAUGAAACCUCUGUAUUAUCAGUCUUUGCUUAAUGACCCAAAAUUCCUACUGGGUUUUGGUUGCAUGUGUAGUAAUGUUUGAUAUUUAGAGAGAGAGACUGGAGUUGUGUUCUUUUUGGUAUUGGUCUUAUUUGCAGACAAAACAUCCAGAAAUAGAUAGUGACUCAGUAAGAAUCAUUUUUCAUCUUUCAUCAACAUCAUCAUCAUCAUAAAUAUAUAUAUAUAUAUAUAACAAAUCUCUUUUUUUCUAUCUCUUCACGAGAACUGUUGUUUGUUUUAUCAGUAAUCCAAAACCCAGCAUAAUAUACCUGCCUUGCCUUUCUCUGAAGUAUCCCUGCCAUCUGUUUGUUCAACAAAAACCCUGUCUUUCUUUCUUGUUGUAUUCAAACCUGCUAGCUACUUUGUUUUGUAUUUAAAGGGUGAAACAAACAAAGAUAUUGUUAUACCUAUUAGGUUUUUUGUUUGCAUUUUGUUUCUUCCUCAUCACUCUCUCUAUCUCUUUUUAAGAUAUGUUUCCUGAAACUUUUUCAAACUCUACUUCUUUGUCUGAAGAAGUUAGUGCUGGUUCUUCUCAUGGUAAUAAUAAUACCACCACUAGACUUCAAGAUUUAAGCCCCAUCUUAUUCUCAUCUUCAAGUACUGAUCAUCAUCAUGAACAACACCAACAACAAUCUGAAGAGACUACUACUAAGACCAGAAAGAAAAGAAACCUCCCUGGUAACCCAGACCCGAACGCUGAAGUGGUUGCACUAUCGCCAACGACGUUAAUGGCAACAAAUAGAUUUGUGUGUGAAGUUUGUAACAAAGGGUUUCAAAGGGAUCAAAAUCUUCAACUUCAUAGAAGAGGACACAAUCUACCCUGGAAACUAAAACAGAAAAGCAACACAGAUGUGGUGAGGAAAAAGGUCUAUGUUUGUCCUGAAGUUUCCUGUAUUCAUCACCAUCCUUCUAGAGCACUUGGUGAUUUAACAGGAAUCAAGAAACAUUUUUCUAGAAAACAUGGUGAGAAGAAAUGGAAGUGUGAGAAGUGUUCUAAGAAGUAUGCAGUUCAAUCUGAUUGGAAAGCUCAUAGUAAAAACUGUGGUACUAAAGAAUAUAGGUGUGACUGUGGUACUCUUUUCGCUAGGAAAGACAGCUUCAUUACCCACAGAGCAUUCUGCGAUGCAUUAGCUGAAGAGAGUGCAAGACUAGUUUCUUCAUCUGCCUCAGACCUUAACAAUUUUUCAACAUCAACACAAAUGACACCAUUAUUACACCAUUACAACAAUGAGCCUCUCUCCCUGCAAACUCACUCAUCACUUCAUUUCCAACACCAACAAUCUAAUAAUACCCAAUCUGCUCUCAGUUACCAAUUCACUGGGCAGCACCACCAAAACUUCUCAAACCCGACACCAAUCUCUAUAAUCACCUCCUCAUCAUCAUGGGCUGACCACCCAUCACCAACAUCAGAUCAUCCAGUCAAACUUGAAAAUCAGCACAACAACCAGAUUCUUAUUCCAACGUCCAUUUCUUCUUUUUAUCAAGAAUCACCACCACUGCCAUCUCCAAAUACUACUACUGCUGCUGCUGCUGCUAUAUCAGACCAACAGAAAUCGUUAUUUACACCCAACUUUCUUCGUCAUUUUUCAGACAAUAUGGUGUCAAACAGCAAUACGUCUACUUCGUACAUGUCAGCUACUGCGCUUCUUCAAAAAGCUGCUAAUGUUGGUGCGGGACCCAUUGGAGGACCAACCAUGCAGACUCAGUCAGUGGGUCAUAUGUCUGGAUCGUCUAUGAGUCAGAUGGGCAAAACCUGUUUAUCAUCAUCACCAUCGGAGGAAUUUCUGGGAUUUGCUACUUCUAAUUCAGCAAACCAAUCUACGUGGCAGAAAAAGGACUUCCGUCUGACUCGUGACUUCUUAGGUCUGGCACCAGCUGACCACAACUCUGUCACCAAUGUUCUUGACGUUAACGAGAUGAACCAGAUGAAUGGUAACGUGAACGUGAGGAAAUCAGAUUUACUGUCGUACACAGGGGGUGUUGAUUUUGGAGCUUAUGAACGUGGGUUUGCUGCUGGAGCUUGGAGGAAUUGCUGAAGGAGAUUACCGUCUUUAAGGGUAAAAAGUGGAACUUACUAAAGAAACUUACUGCAUCUUUUUGAAAUGGGGAACUUUUUGUGUUUCCCUUAAUUACCCUUGUUAAGGACACCGGUGGUGAGGUUAUCACUAUCAAAGUUCUACCCUAUUUUGGUGAUAGAUAUAGUAGGUCUGGCAGAGGCCUAGAGCUACCUAGCUAGACUUUCUUCUUCUCUAUAUAUAUGGACAUGCAGAUAGGUCUUUUUCUUUUGAUCACCAAGGGUUUCAGUGGUACCAC